AUGUUUAAGCGUCCGAGCAUCUUUUUGCGCUCAGCCGCUCAGCUAUCCGAGGCGGGAUUGGCACGCGAUUCUCGACUCGCCGCCAUAUCCCUAGUGGAACGAACCGACGAACGAACACGGACAGGACUCGUGCACGCCGAGUUCGUCAGUGUCAGCGUUCGAUACACACAGGCCGGUGGUGGUGGUGGUAAACAGCUGUGGAAACAAGCGUUGACGGAUGCGUUCAUGCACACACCGAGGUUACGAACUUAA